GCCUUCUCUCGCUUCUCCCGGUUUCAUUCGUGAUUUCCCAAAGCGGCAGACUUGAGAUCACAGCCUCACAUCACAACAUCAAAUGUAGAAAUAUAUGAGACAGCGAUGGAGGACGGGCUGGUGUCCGAAGACGAUAUAUUGCUGCGCUCAGAGAAGGAGUUUCAUGAUGCUGCAAAAAGAAAUGACACUGACAAAAUGCAGGAGCUUAUCGAAAGAGGGAUGGACAUCAAAGUCAAAAAUAAGAUGGACCGUAAGGCCCUGCACUGGGCAGCUGGAGCCGGCAGUGAGCAGGCAUUGCGACUCCUGCUGGACCACGACACGGAGGUUGAUGAUAUGGACAGCUUCGGUAUGAAUGCUCUGCUGCUGGCCGUGUGGUUUGGUCACCUGUCAAUCCUGAAAAUCCUUGUUUCAACUGGGGCGAAGCUCACCUGUGAAAACAAAGACGGCUUGAAUCUGCUGCAUUGUGCUUCUCAGAGGGGUCACAUCAGCAUCAUGGAGUACAUCAUGGAAGAUCUGGAAGACGUUCAGCUUAAUAAAGUGGACAAGUCAGGCAAGACUGCGUUUCAUUUGGCCGCAGAACACGGGCACCUGGAAGUGGUGGAGUUUCUCAUUGGUAUGGGCUGUGCACACGACCUCAAGGACAAGGAGGAGAACACGGCUUUGCAUCUGGCAGCUAAGCAUGGUCACAGCGAGGUCCUCCAGAAGAUUGUGGAGACAGGGGAGAAGAUCGAUGAAAAGAACAUUGAUGGUUCGACAGCUUUGCAUUUGGCAGCUGAAGGAGGACAUUAUGAGUGUCUUAGAUUACUGCUGGAGUCUGGCUGCAAUAUCAAUGAACUCACCAACAAGAACGGGACAGCCCUUCAUCUGGUGGCCCAGAACAGUUCAGACAGAGAGAUCAGACUGCUGGUUCAGGCUGGGAUAAACCUGGAUUUAGUCGACACUCAACACACAUCAGCUCUACAUCUGGCUGUUCUCAAUAACUCUACAGAAAUAGUCAAGGUUCUUAUUGAUGCGGGGUGCGACCUGGACAUCUCUGACAACCGGCUGCAGACUGCUCUGCACAUAGCGGCUGAACACGGACGGCACAUCAUCGCUGAAAUGAUCCUCAUUUCUGGAAUCAACCUCAAUCUGACCGACAAACAGGGAAAGACUUCACUAGACGUUGCUUCACGAGGCACCUAUGUGAACAUCGUUGACAUGAUUAUCAAAGCUGACCGAUUUUACCAAUGGGAAAAGGAGAAUGUGAACAGUGACUGUGAGUGUCUGGUGGGAACAAGUCUCAGCUUUAAGCAGGACCAUCAGCAGGAAACACAUCACAUCCGCUCUGUCUUGUGGAAACUGGCCACAAAGUAUUUAAGACCAGGAGAGUGGAAAACUCUGGCCAAACACUGGAAGUUCUCAGAAGCACAUAUACGAGCAAUAGAACAUCAGUGGACAGGUACGAAAAGCUACAAGGAUCAUGGGCACAGAAUGCUGUUGAUCUGGCUGCACGGUGUGCUCACCGCUGGAGAAAACCCCAUUAAAGGAUUGUAUGAAGGUCUGAUCGGGAUCGGAAGGACCGAUCUGGCAGAGAAUGUACGACAGCAGGCUAAUUCAGAUCCAGCUUCUGCUAAAAAGUGCUGCACAAUGUGAAGGGCAAAUGCAAUGUGAAAUGUCUGUAUUUGCCCAAAGGAACAAUCAGGAGUUUGAAAACAAAGCCCGCGUAAUGAAAAACAAUGAUGAUGACGAUGAUGUGAAGAGGAUUUUACUGGUUAAAACCUUGAAGGGUCACUGCAGCACCAUUACUACUGUAUUCACUCUAACAUUUGCAGAGCUGAAUUUCAAUUAUUCUCUUAUAAACUCUUAUAGAAACAUCUCACAUAAAUCUACCAUUUUGAAUGAAUAAAAAACAGUUGUUAAUGAAUGAUGAAUGAAUACGGUAGUGAAUGGAUGGAUGAACGAACGGUUGUUAAUUUUGUAUAGUACACUACAAAGAGUAAAUGAAUGAAAGAAUGAAUGAAAUAAUAAUAUAUUUCUCUGACUGUUGUUUUUUUUAGAAAGAUAUUUCCCACCUGUAAAAGCAAGAAACUGUUGCUUAACAGGAAGUUCAAUGGUGAACUAAAACGGGUAUUAUAAAAAGUUAAUAUUGGUGUAUGAAAAUACAAGAAAAAUGUACUGUAUCCUUUAAGUAAAUAUGAUCAGUGUUGGGUGUAACUAGUUACUCAGUCAAGUACAAUGUACUGUGUGUAAUAUAUUUGUGAGCAAUAGAGGAAUUGACGGUCUAAAAUCUGUGCUUUAAUGUGUAAUUCUCACAUUUGUUAUACUUUGUAAUCAGUUAAUAAUACUGAAUAUGACAAGA